AGGGAAGUUAUCGAUUUGGGAGAUUGUGUCACCCACGCUCUCGCAUUUCCAAACUGCGACUCGCCUCAGUUCUUCUGUGGUAUUCAGUGCAAAAGGUUCUCGCUGGUGGAGUUGGACCAUCAUCAUACACUCCCCACACCUCCAGCGGUGCCAUCAGGAGGGAUACGUCUUUUUUUGGAACAAUUUUUUUUCCUGGUCAACCUGUGUGGGUAGUUUGUGGGCAAUUUUUGCAUAAAAGAGCCUCUUCCACCUAAGUUGCAAGCAGCCGGAAUAUCAGUGUGCGGGAAAAUUGCUGGGAAAAGUGCCCAGCGAGUGGUGAAAAUUAUUAGUAAAAAACCAAAAGAAAAGCACACCCGAAGGGGAUAAAAGGGGCUCGAAAAAAUGGAUUAAAAAGCCACUGAUGCCGUUUUCAAGUGACGGCUCACCAGAUUACACACAAUAAAGAUGGUGAAGUAUGGAAGGAAGAAAUGGACAAUUCUCUGGACAGGCUUCAUUUUUGCCAUCCACCUCAACUUCUACUGUGCCGUGGCUGUUGGAAAUAUAGGUUGCCUAUUUGCCGAAUCCCUGUGCGAGGAUCAACUAGAAUGGUGUUACGAUGAUUUCGCAUUCGGCAUUUGUCUCCCAAAUUAUGGCGUACAACCCGAACAACUUAUCCGUCAGCCACUCACAGAGGAGCAAUCCGGGCUUUUGGCAACGAUGCUAGAGGAGUUGGAGGGAGCCGGUCUGACGUGGGAGCAUCCAUUUGUACAGUGCCGCAUCCAAGGUGCCCUCUAUGCUCUUCGCAACGACGCCCCCAUGCCGCACAAUCUCUGUGCCGGACUGACGCCUGAUCCCCAAAUCCUAGACCCUCAGAGCCCUCUGGCCUUUGUGCGAUUCUCUCCGCCAACGGAAAAUUUUGCCGAUGAGGUGUACAUCCCACCACCCAAGAAAAGCCUCCCCCUUAGAAAUCAAUUGGAUUACAAUCGUCAAUUGGAUGAAGCAUCAUCAUUGGAGUACGAGAACGUGAGGAAGAAAAACACUCAGGCAAUUGAUCCAAAAGCAGUCGAUGAGUUGAGUGAAGAAAUCCUGAGAGAAUUGUUGGAGGAACAGGAGAGGCUGCGUGCUGAACAGGGCAGACAUCGUGCUCAAAAUCAUGAGAAUCCCCUCGAGAGUAUCCACAGAUCUCAUUUCAAGGUUUCACGCGAAAAUGAUGAUGCUCUCAGGGAGGAGCUACUGAAUGAAUUGGAGCAAAGGGAAAGGGUGAAACAGUACAAUGAGAUGCCAACAACAUCAUUCAGAGAAGUAGCUAUGAAUAGAAACAUCCCGGAAGUUUAUUUCUAUGCACGGCCACACGAGGAGAGCAGCAGCAAUGAGUUGCCCCAGGAAGUUUACUAUGCCCGUGAAUCCCCACAAAAUGCUCUUGAGCACUUUCGGGGCAAUACUUAUGGUGAUGGCACAGAGGUGGUUCGUAAAAAUCAUCCCGCAAAGGAGUCUGGCGUUUAUACAGAAGGGGGUGUUGUUUAUUUACCAGAUAGAGGCAAUCAGGAGUCUGAUGGGGAAGAUAAAGAGCAGACGAGGAACAUGUUGGCCAAUAUGUUGGGAUUUACACGACAUGAGCGUCUGGAUGUGAAGAAACCCGGACCUCCAGCAGCACCACCACCAUCAAGUCAGAGCCCUCAUGAGGCACCCAAAUUGUCAGUAGUACCCCAGGGAAACAAGGAAGUUCUACCAGCGCACUUUAUGAUGGAUGAAAGCCCAAAGAUAAAGAAAGUUUUGCACGAUGGAACAGAUGAGGAUCAUGCGCCACAUUCAGUGGACAUGGAGUAUGCACAUGUAAUCUUCAAGACCCCCAUUGAUAGUUGGCGCGAUGGGGCACGCAUUGUAACGGCCCUUUCGGAGAUGCUCCACAUGCAGACCUACUUCACACAUCCCAGAGUAGAUCGGCACGAGGUGUCUUUCCGUGUUGAGGCAAAUCCCGAAAAGAAGACCGCCUCGGACAUUGCACGAGCCAUCAAUGACAGUCGCGUGCGAAAUAAUCUCUCCAGGCGUCUCGGGGUGGUGGUAAUACGUGCUGGUGUGGGUGAUAAGACAAAGGAGGAUCCCUAUGGAGCAGUAACGAGUGCCAAGGUGGAAUUUAAGGAAGAGGGCCCUGAUGUUACCCACGUGAUGGCAUACAUGUUUGCCGGAGCGGGUGCUGCUGCCGUGAUUGUCAUUAUCAUCACACUCUUCCUCAUUAAGCGCCACGACCGGAAGCGUGACAAGCUCAGUGGGCUCAAUGCGGGACUUCCGCCAGACAGCUGCAGCAAAGACUACCAAGAGCUCUGUCGUGCUAGGAUGGCCGGGAAGGGUGAUGGUGGGAAUGGGGGACGAAUUACGUCAUUGUCUAAAGAGAACGAAGGACGCCCACCAUCAUCUCGAAGCAGCACAUCAUCCUGGAGUGAGGAACCUGUUACGAAUAUGGAUAUCUCAACCGGACAUAUGGUUUUGUCUUACAUGGAAGAUCAUCUGAGGAAUAAGGGACGUCUGCAGAGGGAAUGGGAGGCAUUGUGUCGCUAUGAAGCUGAACCAAAUGCCCGAGAAGCUGCUCUGCAGAAGCAGUGCACACUUUUCAAUCGCACCGGUGCCCCAUUGCCCUAUGAUCACUCACGUGUCGUACUGAAUCACCUGUCGAAUGCCGAUGGCUUGGACUACAUCAAUGCAUCCACAAUUACUGAUCACGAUCCCCGGGCACCGGCUUAUGUUGCCGCCCAGGGACCCAUUCAGGCCACCAUCUCGCACUUCUGGCAGAUGAUUUGGGAACAGGGAGCCGUGGUGAUUGUGGCACUUUGUCGCCUCCAGGAGAAUGGAGAGGCUGCGUGUGCACGGUAUUGGCCAGAGGAGGGGGCACAAGUGUAUCACAUCUAUGAGGUGCACCUCGUGAGUGAACAUAUUUGGUGCGAUGACUACCUCGUGCGCUCCUUCUAUCUGAAAAACCUGCAGACAGGUGAGACGCGCACUGUGACCCAAUUCCAUUUCCUUUCGUGGCCACAAACUGGAAUCCCAACAUCGGCAAAGGCACUUCUUGAAUUCCGGCGAAAGGUGAACAAAUCCUACCGCGGACGCUCAUGCCCGAUUGUCGUUCACAGCAGCAAUGGUGCUGGACGUACUGGAGCCUACAUUCUGCUGGAUUUGGUCCUGGCGCGUAUGAACAAGGGGGCACGUGAGAUUGACAUUGCGGCAACACUGGAGCACUUGCGCGAUCAGCGUGCUGCACUCGUGGCGACACGGCAGCAAUUUGAAUUUGUCCUCAUGGCUGUUGCAGAGGAGGUGCAUGCAAUCCUCAAGGCUCUUCCAACGGCAAAUGCACAAGAGAAGCGUGAUGUGGAGAAGGAGGUGCUAAAGGAGCAUCCGGAUACAGAUGAAAAACCCAAAGUUGAGGCAGAGAAGAAAGCUGAGAAGAAGUAAAAAAAAAAGAGAAGAAGAAAGGUAUUAUGCUGAAAAUGUUGCAAAGGGAGAUUUCAUAUACGGGGAAAGGUCUCCCUUGAGGGGAUUUCCCUCCCGGAAGAUACCUUCGUACCAGCCAGAAGGUAUCUUCCACAUACUUAAAAUGCGGGGAAACCCUUUCAAGGGAUUUUUUUUUCAUUCUGUGGGGGCGUUCAUUUCCAUACAGAUUUUCUUUUUAUUUGUGAACGAAGAACAAUGAGACAUUCUUUGCACUUGAGAGACUUUUCCAUUUAUUAAUUAACUAAAACCUUUCAAAAACCUCGGAACAUCACCGACACAUAUUAAAUUUGAAUCUUCAAAAUAUCGACUAUGCCUCAGGGUUUUUGUAUCUUCAGCUCAUCUUUAAAGCAACUAUCCUGCUUAUUAGUUGGUGUUCCACUUCGUGGCCAACACCAAGUUUUUCUUUCAUUUUGUUAAAUUUCUCACAAGAGAAAUAUUGGCUUUAUCUUUUCUUAUUUAAUUGAAUGAAGAUGUGAUAAAAUUUGCGAUUGAAAAUCAGGGAUUGUCAUUCCAAUGAAAGGAAUUUUGCUCUUUCUUUUAUUUCCCCAUUUAUUGAUAUAUCGAUAUGUAUUGCAUAAAAAUUCUUCCUAAAAAACGUAGAAUAUAUAUACAUAUAUAUUUUCAUAUAUUACCAGAGAAUUAUUCCAAGAAAAAAUAGCGAUUCAAAUCACAAAAUAUAUCAACAUAUUGCAAGUUAUUCAAUGAAAAAAAAAAUAAGGAAAAAUUAAAUAGAAUGUAGAUGACAGAGUUUAUAAAUUGUUGAAAGAGAUGAAAAUAAAAAAAGAAAAUCUAUAUUUAUUUUUUUGUCUGCAGAAAUAUCAUAUGAAAAAGAAAAAUUCUAAUCAAAAAUAGAAGAAAGAAUCAAGGAAUUUAUCAGGCAGCGAAAAAUGGAAGCUUUAACAGACAAUCAGAAGAUCUAAUACCAGCCUGUUGAAGAUCAUCUGAUUCAUUUGUUGUGCUUUACACUCCCCCCCCCCCUAAAGGUUCAUUGUAUAGUAGUUACGACAUAAUUGUGGUUUAAUCUAGAUUGAACAUUAUUUGCUAUAUAUCUAGUCACAGAGUUUAGCUACAAAUUAGUCAUGAUUAGAGCAAAGUUUUCUCAAUGUUAAAUCACAGUUAUGUUGUGUUGCAAUUGCAAUGAGUCCUUAUACACAACAACCUUCUUUUUAGCAUAUCACAAAAAUAAUUAAAACUUCUAUUAAUCUUUACAUUCCUCACCUUUCUUUAUUAAUCCUUUAUUUAAACUUUCCUAUAAAUUAGAAACUUUAAAAAUAAAUUAUAUUUCUGUGAAGAAAAAUGUAGGAACUAUCCUAAUUUUUAAUUUUCAAAAUUUAUGAAGAAGAAAACCUGAGACAUGAAAAAUUUUUAAAAAGAAAAAAUAACGAACAGACUGAAUGUAAUUAUGAGAAAAUACAGUCUAAAAUGUAAAAUUGAUUUAUAAACUUUUCCGUCUUACACAAAGUAUAUUGAUAAAACAAUCAGAAUUUUUAAAGAGAGGAGAGAGAGAGGCUUACAAAUUCAUACUUUUCCCAUGAUGAAAAAAAGUUAAUAAAAAAAACGAAUGAAGAAUUUUUCCCACAUUUUUUUCUAAAAAGCACACCCAUAAUUUGGCAAGAAAAAAAAUUCAAAAAUAUGAAAAAAUGUUGGAAAAAAAAUCUGUAAUGACCUAAUUCUCUUCUUUAUAUUUGAGGUAUCUAUAUUUGAGUAAAAAAAAACUAAAUAUGAAACAAAAAAAUAAACUAUUGAAUUUUUGGAUUCCGUAUACAUAAAAAAUAUAUAAUGAAAAAUAGAAUGAGGAAUGCUAUAUGUAUAUUAAAAUACCUAAAAAUCUAAACUUAAAAAGUAAGGAUAUAUGACUGUAAUAUCUAUAUUUUUGUGUAUAAAUGUGCAAGGAAAGGACAAAACCUAAUGAAAAAAAACUAUUAACGUUAAUCUCUUGGAAAAAGAACUAAACUUAUUGAAAAAAAAUUAUUAAGCAUACACACAUAUUAAAAAAAAAGUUAUUAAAUAAAAAAAAUAUGAAUUAUUCAAGAUGGAAGAUUUUAAGGAAUAAAAAAAGAGAAGAAAAUCAAUUAAUAAAAUAUUAAACUCUGCAAACUAAUUCAAUGUUGUAAUUUAUGUUGUGGCAAAAUUAAAUUUUAACUGCAAAGCAUAAAUAGACGUCACCGUUAUUGAUUUUUGAUCGAUUUCCAAAGGAGAGUGAGUGUUUGAUUUAUUUACUUUUUUAUCUUUUAAAUUUUCUCUUAUUCAAUAAUAUUAUUUUUCUUCAUUUUCACAUUUUCUUUUUUUUUUAUCUAAUCACCACAUGUAGGAAAUACGAGAAAAAUGAAGGAAGAAAUAUGCAAAAAAAAAUUAUAAAUAUUUUUUUGUAGGUAUAUUAGUGUUGAAUUUAGUGAUUUUAGGUGCAUUCAAAUUUUUAAAUUUAUCAUUCCACAGUUAAUAAAAUAUAAUACAUUUUUUGACUUUCAGAUUGAAUAAAAGAAAAAUAAAAGAAAAAAUAUGAAGAAUAUGUAAAAGAAAUAGAGAGAACAUAUAAUACAAUAGAAUUACUACAAGA